AUGGAUGAGAAAUGGUUCUAUCUGAACCCUGACAAGAGGAGGUUUUACCUCCUACCUAGUGAGGAAGAUCCAUAUAGGCCAAUACAGUCCAAAAGAUUCAAGCUCAAAGCAAUGUUUAUGAGCUUAAUUGGGAAGGCAUUGUAUGACAGAAAUGGGGGACUACUCCAUGAUAAGAAAUAUGGAAUGUUCCCAUUCACUGUCAAACAACUAGCAAAGAAAUCCAGUAAAAACAGAGAGGCUGGAACAUGGGAAACAAAGGCAAAUAAUACAGAAUGUAAACAGAGAGAGUUUAUGGCAGCAACAACAGCUCAUGGAUUUAACAUUCAAUUUGUUUUCCAACCACCACAGUCCCCAGAUUUGAAUGUGAUUGACUUAGGGUUAUUUAGGUCAAUUCAGUCUUUGCAAAAUCAGUCUUUUCCUAACAACCUAGAUGAGCUAGUUACAAAAGUGCAGGAAUCUUAUGAGGCAUUCAAUCCUCAAGUAGAAGGUGGGAACAAGUACAAAAUACCCCACAUGAACAAGAAAAAACUGGAAAACCUUGGAGAAUUGCCAGAUCAUGUACCAGUGCAGAAGGAAAUUGUUUUGGAGGCAGUGGAGUACCUAAACACUAUGUUUAGGCCAGUUAAUCAAGGGACUGAACAAGGAACAGAAGAUAUUCAGGUAGAUGCAGACUGA